AUGCAGUUUUCUCCUAACCCUGGGACUCUCCACCAUCUCAGCCCUAAGGAGCUGGCUGUGCGGCUGGGCUAUGGACUCUGUCCCGAGGAGCAGGCCUUCCUGGGCAGGAGGAAGCAGGUGGUAGCUGCCGCCCUGAAACAGGCCCUGCAGCUGGACCAAGACUUGAAGGAAGAUGAGGUCCCUGUUGUGGGCAUCAUGGCUGAAGGAGGAGGUGUCCGGGCUAUGAUCUCACUCUAUGGCCACCUAUUGGCGCUUCAGAAGUUGGGCCUCCUGGACUGUGUGACCUAUUUCAGUGGCGUCUCAGGCUCUACGUGGACAAUGGCCCACCUGUACCAGGACCCAGAGUGGUCACAGAAGGACCUCGACGGACCCAUCCGCCAUGCCAGGGAGCAUGUGGCUAAGAGCCUGUGGAGGGGGUUCUUCCCGGAACAAUUGGCAAGCUACCACCAGGCACUGGCACAUCGGGCAGAGCAGGGCCACGCCACCACCAUAGCGGACCUGUGGGGCCUGGUGCUGGAGUCCAAGCUGCAUGGGCAG